AAUCUCCCGCGGGCGCGCAGCUCGGAGCCGCCUUUUCUGCCACUCACUGUCUCUCACUCGCCGCGGCGCUGGCACGGCGACAGGAACCGGGCGCUUGCCUCCUCGUCCGCCUGGCCGCCUCCUGCAGGCAGCUGCUCUGUCCGUGCAGGGAGCGCAGCCCGCGCCCCUCCACGGAUCGCAUGACCAGCGACCUUCUGAAGCCCUGACUCCCCAGGGUGCAGCGUCUGGCCGCUAUGAACGCGAGCGCCGCCUCGCUCAACGAGUCCCAGGUGGUGGCAGUGGCGGCCGAGGGAGCGGCGGCAGCAGCCACAGCAGCGGGGGCGCGGGACACUGGCGAAUGGGGACCCCCUGCAGCGGCCGCAGCGCUGGGAGGCAGCGGCGGAGCUAAUGGGUCACUGGAGCUGUCAUCGCAGCUGCCCGCAGGACCUCCGGGACUGUUGCUGUCAGCAGUGAAUCCAUGGGACGUUCUGCUGUGCGUGUCCGGGACCGUGAUUGCGGGCGAAAAUGCGCUGGUGGUGGCGCUCAUCGCGUCCACCCCGGCGCUGCGCACGCCCAUGUUUGUGCUUGUAGGUAGCCUGGCCACCGCCGACCUGCUGGCGGGCUGUGGCCUCAUCCUUCACUUCGUGUUCCAGUACGUCGUGCCCUCCGAGACCGUGAGCCUACUCACGGUGGGCUUUCUCGUGGCCUCCUUCGCCGCCUCGGUCAGCAGCCUGCUAGCUAUCACCGUGGACCGUUACCUGUCCCUCUACAACGCGCUCACCUAUUACUCGCGCGGGACUCUGUUGGGCGUGCACCUCCUGCUCGCGGCCACAUGGACGGUGUCCCUAGGCCUCGGUUUGCUGCCGGUGCUGGGCUGGAACUGCUUAGCCGAGCGCGCCGCCUGCAGCGUAGUGCGCCCGCUAACGCGCAGCCACGUGGCACUGCUCUCAGCUGCCUUCUUUACUGUCUUUGGCGUCAUGCUGCACCUGUACGUGCGCAUCUGCCAGGUGGUCUGGCGCCAUGCGCACCAGAUCGCGCUGCAGCAGCACUGCCUGGCGCCCCCACACCUCGCCGCCACCAGAAAGGGUGUGGGAACUCUGGCCGUGGUGCUGGGUACUUUCGGUGUCAGCUGGCUGCCCUUCGCCAUCUAUUGCGUGGUGGGUAGCCAGGAGGACCCGGCCAUCUACACAUAUGCUACCUUGCUGCCCGCCACCUACAACUCCAUGAUCAAUCCUAUCAUCUAUGCCUUCCGCAACCAGGAGAUCCAGCGCGCCUUGUGGCUCCUGUUCUGUGGCUGUUUUCAGUCCAAAGUGCCCUUCCGCUCCAGGUCCCCCAGUGAGGUCUGAAGGGCUCUAUCUGUGUCCUCUCACCAACACCACAUCCCCAACAAGCCAGCCUUUGGUGAGCUUCUCGGUGCCUGCUGAUGAACUCUGAGAUCCCAGAGGUGUGAAUCUGACUUUGGGGAGGAGGGGUAAAAGAGGGGCUAAACAUAAAUGCAACAAACUCACAAGGACAAAGAGGCUUGUUAGCACUUUACAUAUACAGUGUAUACAUGUGUACAUAUAUAUACAAAUAUUUGUAUCUUCUGGAGGUAUUCAGGAUGUGAAGCUUCCUGUUCUGUGCAAAACUAACAAAAAGAUGUGGUCGUAUACUCAAAUCAUACAUCACAUUUGUCAGUGAAGACAUUCCAAUACUGCUUAAUAAUAGCACUUUAUUUUUAGCUGCUGAACUGCUAAAACAGUGUUGCCGUUUUCAAGGACAGGGGAAAGGGAGUAAAAGGUGUAUUUUUUUUGUUGUAUGUGAUAGAAUAUUUUGCUGCACAUGCAUCAACAAAUUACAACAUAUUUUGUACACAAAUAAAAUACAUUAUAAAAAUGUAA